UAUUCCACCGUGCUCCCAAGCACCGAAAAAAUAUUCGACUUUCUCCUCUCCCUGCCUGUGCCCCCGAGGAGCGCUUAACGGAAUGCCAGGAGGCGACAUGGCAAAACCACUCCUGGGAUGCCCAAAUGCGGACAGUGACCCAAACCUUGCCUCAGCUCCCAGCAGCAGGACAAUUGGCAUUCUGGGAAGUGGUGACUUUGCACGCUCCCUCUCUAUGCGCCUGGUGUCCUCAGGUUUCAAAGUGGUGGUUGGAAGCCGGAACCCAAAGCGCAACGCUAGCCUCUUCCCUUCAGCAGCUGAAGUCAUAUUCCAGGCAGAUGCUAUAAAGAAGUCAGAUAUUCUCUUUGUGGCGCUUUUCAGAGAACACUACACCACGCUCUGUGACCUCAGUGAUGAGCUAUCUGGCAAAAUACUGGUGGAUGUGAGCAACAAUGCCGAAAUAAACCAUCACAGAGAAUCAAACGCUGAGUACUUGGCAUCACUUUUCCCAGCAUGCACUGUUGUCAAAGGAUUUAAUGUUAUCUCAGCAUGGACGUUGCAGUCAGGCCCGAGGGAUGGGAAUAAGCAGGUCCUCAUUUGCUGCGACAACCAAGAAGCCAAAAGGGCUGUUGCCGAAAUUGCUCACGCCCUGGGCUUCACCCCUGCGGACAUGGGCUCCUUGUUCUCAGCCCGCGAGAUAGAGAAUAUUCCCUUGCGCCUCCUCCCUGCCUGGAAGAUCCCCGUCUUCUUGGCCCUGGGCCUCUUCCUCUGCUUCUACACCUACAACUUUAUCCGGCAGGUUUUGCACCCUUACAUUUGGGACAAAAAGAACAAGUUCUACAAGAUUCCCGUGGAGGUGGUCAACACCACGCUGCCUUGCGUCGCCUACGUCAUGCUGUCCCUGGUCUACCUGCCCGGAACACUGGCGGCCAUCUUCCAACUGUACCACUGCACAAAGUACAGGCGUUUCCCUGACUGGCUGGACCAGUGGCUGCAGCACAGGAAGCAGAUUGGCCUGCUGAGUUUCUUCUGCGCAGCCUUGCAUGCCUUGUACAGUUUCUGCCUCCCCAUGCGGCAGUCCCAUCGUUACCUGUUGCUCAACGAGGCUGUCAAGCAGGUGGAGAAGAGGGCAGAUGCCUGGGUAGAGGAGGAAGUCUGGAGGAAGGAGAUUUACAUCUCUUUUGGCAUCAUGGCCCUGGGUUUACUGUCCCUGCUUGCCAUAACUUCGCUUCCUUCUAUCUCCAACUCUCUCAACUGGAGGGAAUUUAGUUUCAUUCAGUCCACUCUUGGCUUUGCUGCAUUGGUGAUCAGCACCCUUCACACCCUGACAUACGGCUGGACAAGGGCCUUUGAUGAAAAUCAGUACAAGUUCUACCUGCCUCCCACGUUUACCCUCACCCUACUGGUUCCGUGUGCUGUAAUCGUGGCUAAACUGUGCUUCUGCCUUCCGUGUCUGAGCCAAAGACUGCGGCUCAUCAGGAAUGGGUGGGAAAGGGGCAGGAACAUCAAGUUCACCUGUCCCAGAACAUCAGGAGAAUUUUCAAGUGGAGAAACCAGCAGCACUGUGUAACACAGCACCUCUUUUCCUUUACAGUUUUCAAAAAAAGCACUAUAAAGUUUCUUUUUUAUAUAGAAUUUUUUAAAGCUUUUAAAUUUGGCAUCAGUGAACGGUGGGUUAUCUUUAUUGUCUUAUUUUGGGUGUUUGGGGGGUGGGGAAUACUGAUGUAGCCCGUUUACACAACAGCAUUUAGAAUAUACUGGUAAUUCUCGGGGGAGGGAGAGAAUGGUUGCCUUAAAACAUUAAUGCGGAAUUUCAACUAUACAGUGUAAAAAAUACAUCAGAAAAUAGAAUCAUUCUGCAGACCCAAAGCCACAUUCAGCAUAAGGGUUGAUACAGCUUGGGGCGAAUUUUCUCUAUAGCUGUCUUGAGACUUGAUCAUACAUUUCUUUUCUUAAGGCGGCAAUCACAUACACAUUUACUUGGCAGCAAGCCACAUCGGACAUAGUUGGACUUACAUCUGAGUAAACAUGCAGUUGGUUUCACUGUAAGUAGUUCUUCUGUUUAAUAUCUGGUUCACAUGCACCAAAAGUAUCAUUUUGGUUGAUCAGUAGGUCAGGCUAGGCCAGAUGUUUCUGGACUACAACAACAGGCCUUCUCCACUGCAGUGCCCAUCUUAUAUAACGCCCUUCCACCUGGCAUUUGGGAGGCAGCAAUAGCAGCAGAUUUCAGACAGAUUUUAACAUCUGUUAAAGACCCAGCUCUUUACCCAAGUCUUCCCCCAAAUUAUUGUGCUGCUGACUUAGUUUAAUUAUUAAUUGCUGCGGUUUUAGCUUUGGGUUUAAAUAUUGUAGAGAGCAAUCCUAUGUUUCCUGGGAGAGUGACCCAAGGGUCCUAGGAUUGCUUGGAAAAACUCUUCCAAGGCUGGAGAUAGUGCUCCAACCUCACAGCCAGUGCAAAAAGAACCAUGCCAGCUGCCCUCUGAAGUCAGAAAAGCAACCUUGGAGGAAAGGGGCCACUCAUGGUCGGGAAAGGGAAGAGACCAGAGAGGCCAGGAUAAGAGAUAUCUUGGGCCUCCUCUAGCCUCCUUCCCUCCCACUCUAAAGCGAACUUGCUUUUCCACCCAUCUAGCGACAAUCACCAGUGACGGUGAUGGGACGGUGAGGAUGGGACGGUGUAGAUCGCCUCCCCCACUCCACCUGCCCUGUUGGCUUCAGCCCCACAAGGCACAGGAAUCUUGGAAGCCUCUGAGUUCAGAGGGUUCCAAGCUGUGAGAGCACAACUCCUACAAUUGUGCCCUUAAACAUUUGAGUGGAUGAGCUUUUGUAUUUAUUUUGUUUUAUCAUAACCUCUGACUUUGUAAACCACCUAGAGCCACCUUUAGAUAUGGUAAGUGGUAUAUGAAUUGAUUAUAUAAAAAAAUAGUAAUAAUCCCUGAUCACUGAUUAUGCUGGCUGGGGCUGAUGGGACUUGGAAUCCAACUAUAUCUUGGAGGAGCACAAGUUACCUACCCCUUCGCCACACCGUGAUGCUAAGCAAAUUUUCUUACAGGCAAAUUAUGUUGAUUUCAUUGGAAUUAAGUUCUAGGGAAUUGUAUGAAGGGUCACAGCAUUGUCAGUCCACCAGUCAAUCAAAAUGCUAAUCCCAGUAGAACUAUUUCCCUCAAAUAUUGAACACCUGGUAUAAAAAAUACUUCAGCUCAAAUUGGAACUACAAGUUACAUUAAAUACACAGCUACCACUAAAACAGCAGCCACGUGUUUUAAUCCUCUCCUUCCCUUCCAUAACUUUCCAGCACUGUGCAUUUUCCUACCCAGCAUAAUCAGCUGACAAUGGUAGAGGCAGAGAAACACAGGAGUGCUGUGACACCACAUGUUGCAGACAGAGAAUUAAGUGUGCAGUUGCUGCACAUUUAAAUAUAACAUGUAAUUCCAGCCACAUUUUACCCUUAGAUGGCGUAAAUUCACACUGUAUGUUAUUCAUAUGGUAACUGUUCUCGUCCCCUUAAUAACUCUGAAUAAAUGAAACUGUAAAUGCGGUAGAGAUCAUUUUUUACCAUGCCAAUCAGUUAGGUAACAUCCGCUUUCAGUCUGGCCUCUUUUAGCUUAUCACAUGUUAGCUGUCAGGUGAAGAAAUAUGUGAAUUCAUUCAUUUUCUUGAAAGCAAAAGGCAAAGAAGUUGGAUAGCAAGCUCCAUUCCAAAGAGUGAGUAAUCAUAAGCUGGCAGGUAUCCCUGACUACUGACAUAGAAUAGCAAAUUUCACGCAUAGCUGAUUCACGGUGAAAGUAUCCUGCUGUGUUGUAGCCUCAAGCUCUGCUCUUCUGUCCUUCUCUUUGCUUCCCCACCACCCAAACCAUUUAAAGUAGCAUGGAAGGACUUGCAUUCCCUGGAAUGGCUUGGGAAAUUUAUAGGGAGGGGACGGUACUUACAACUGUGUAUGAGCAAGUGUAAGAGGGCUACUUAUAUCCUCAUUUGUUUAAGGCAACAUUAGGGAAAUAGGUGGGGGUUAGAGAGAAAAGAGACAAGACGCAAGACUUGGGAGUACCACCCACUCCCCCCAGCAAACUUAGUCACUGACUAGGAGCUUCUACCACUGAGGCUGGUAUUGUUGAAGAAUGUCUAUUUUUAUGGUGCCCUGUAUAACAAGGCAUUGUCAGUUCUACCACAUCUAGCUGCCUUUGGCCUUCAAAAAAUCAUUGGCUUAUUCACCUGUUUACAGGUGAUCAGAGGGCAACCACUUAGUGUGACAUUUUAAAUUCUCAUUUUUCAAGGAUGGAAAGCAAGUAUCCUGAACACCAGAGCACCACACUUCUCUGUAUUAAAUCUUUAUUUAAUUGGUUACUGUACUUCCUCCCAACCUCUCUCACUGCUGUGAUGCCAACGCUCAGCACACAUUGCCUGAAGAAGCCAUUUCCAGAUUUGAUAUGUCCUCCUGACACAUUGGGGAAAGCAUUUUUCUGUCUGUCAAAUACCUCUCAACUCCUGGACAUUGAAGUGUGCAACGGGCUAAUGAGGAACAGAUUCACUAGCCCAGAACCAUUUGUUUGAUGAGUAGGCAGGACUGGAAAAGCCAACAAGGGAAUCUGUGAUUGUGUUCAAAAAGUGGAAGUUAAGCAGCAAACAGCUGAACGGACAAACAGGAACUGGAAUGAAGCCAUUUGAAGCUCCCAUCGAAUUUGUCCAAACUUUAAAAAAUUAACCAAUCAUUUAGACAUCACACCAUGGUCACUGUGAAUAUAAAUAGAGUAUAUUUGACAGACAACAUUAUCACGAGAAGGACUCAGAUUACUGAGUCAUGGCAUAGGCUGCUUAUUACUCCACUAGAUGUGCAUGAGAAAAAAGGGCUUUCCAUGCACAUAGAACAGAUGUAGAUGUUUAUCCCAAUCCAAAUUGCAAAGCUGCCCCAUGGAACUAGUUGGAUAUGUCUUGAUACCAGCAAGGAUGUGCACUCUCCUCCAUGCUCAUUGGCUGCUUCAUGUGGCUACACACAACUAGAGCAGGAUUUGGGUUUCUGCCUCUAGCCAGAACAAAUCCCCACUUCCAAACUCAAUGAGAAUUAAGUGGACUGAAAGUGUGUGAGAUCACAGAAGUUCUCGUGUGAUCCACAGAUUCAACCAACCUGUUAUAAAGUAGCAUUAUUUGAUUAUCUUUGCCAGUUUUCUCUAGACACAUACUACAGAACCAUCAGUACCACAUUACAGGAGCCCAUAUGCAUUUCCCAAACAUAUGCCUACCUUUCAAAUUAUUCAACUCUAGGCAGGUGUAAGUGAUGAGGCCAACUAUAAGGCCACCAACUGGAAUCUGAAGGAUUACAGGUGCAUACACUUGAAUGUUCUGCAAGGGCUUGUGCAAAGGUUGCCUUCACAGAACACACCCUCGCCAAUUGCUCUUUCACCUUUCUUGAAUUCUGAAAAGUAGUUUGGGGCAACUGGCACAAAAGUAACCCACAUGGAAACUUGGGAGGAACUGUUCCUUGUGUACCAAUGGCAGUUUUCCUUUAAGUUGCUCUUGUACAAGAUCUCAGGGAAGUUUAAAAAGCAAUGACCCAAUACUACAAGUGCAAUCUCUAAAAAGGAAACAGCAGAAUGUUUUGAUGCAUGGAAGGAGUACUUUGUAGCUUAAGUAAACUAUGUGCCAUUCUAUUGUGACAUAAGAGUCUGAAAGACAUCUAAAACACUGGUGUGUGGAGGGUCAAACAAUUAAUUUACAUAUGUUAACAUGGAUAAGCAAAGAUAACGUGUCCAGGUAGCAAAGAUUUUCAGAUAACCUCAAAUGCAAUGCACUGGCCCUGGCUGAGUCACCAUCCCCAUGGAGAUGGUAAAGCAAAUAAGAAAUUAGCCUUGUUUUCAACUACCAUGUAGAUCUCACUUGUGGAUGAGUGCAAAGCAAGUGCAGGGUUUGAAUAAGGCUACUCCUACUUUAUCUGCUGUUGUAAUUUGCUGCUUGCCUUCCCUUCUUUUGUGAUAGAUGCAGGUGACUACUCAAAUGUCCAGGACUGUGGCUUUAAGUUCCUCAGAAAUUUUUCUAGUAUAAAAUGGGCUAGUUCCAAUUCUACAAAACUGGACUUCCACUUUCAUAACAGGAGUUUCCUUUCGCUACAGCCCCCCACCCAACAACACCCCCAGAAAAUAUGCCCCAGAGGUUCUCCCAAUUAUUCUUCACUCAUUUUUUUUCAAUUAAGCCUAUAGCUGCAAGACCAAGAAUGAGAUUCUUUAAAAAGAGGCCAACUGAUCUGUUUGUACACAAUAUCCGAGUGAGGACUUCAAUCCAUAGACUGUUAAUACGCCAGGGCAGGGGGAUAUUACCCCUUAAAAUAUAUCAUAUAUUGUGAGACUGCCAAGAACUGCAACUUCCCAAAGAUUGGGAACGCUUCCUACUUCUCUUCAACAUACAACAGGUUAGGUGCCAAAUAGCAAGAGAAAGGAGAGAAUGGCAUCAGAGAUGUUACGCAAAGCAAUCCCUGUAUUUUCUAUUGUGUGCUCUUCACUGUUGCCUAAAGCUGCUACACAGUCGUGUGUAAGAGAGUACAGUUACAUAAACCCCAUAGUCACCUCCCAACAUUCUCUGAGUAAAUUCUGAAAAAUAAGCAAGUCUAUCUAGGUUUGUUUUCCAGAAUUUUGUCUGCUUCAAGAUGCAAGAAUUUGGCAGGGAGGAUUAAGCCUGCACUGUGGUGUCAGGAAGCAAGAAAAAGACAGUGCAGCUAUUGGAGAAUGUGGAGAUAAAAUAGGAGUCAUGAGGCAGGGGGUGAGAGAACUGGGCAAGGCUCUACAACUCUGCUUCUUGGCAACUGGAAGUUUUCUUGGCAUCCAUCUUGCCCAGGUUUCUGUUUUUUCAUCAGAUGUCACUUAUACUUUCCGACCUCUCCACAACUGUGAGGUCCAGAAAUGGUUUUUAAUAAAAGCCGAAACACCCAAUCCAACCCUAGUUAGAUUCAUGUGCAGUGCAUAUGAGAAAAAACAUACAGUUCCGGCAACUGUAAUUUGACAGGCCCUCUGUCCAUAAUAAGAAAAGAUGCCCAUUUGGUUGUUAUGAUCAUGCUCACCAUUACUUAAAUCUAAUGCCAAAUGUUACAUAUAAACAUUGGGGAGGAGGCCAAGUUUCAGAACUGCUCCUCAGAGGGGCUGUGGCUCAGUGGUAGAGCACAUGCUUUGCAUGCUGAAGUCCCAGGUUCGAUCCCUGGCAUCUCAAGGUAGGGCAGGGAAAACUCCUACCUGAAACGCUGGGGAGCUGCUGCAAGUCAGUGUUGACAAUAUGGACUAGAUGGACCAAGGAUAAGGCAGCUUCCUAUUCCUAUGUUCCUUGACUGCAUACACUGAACCUUCCUGCCCCCAUAAAACAUUCUGAUUUUGUUACAGAGGAAGCAGCUUUUUCUAAAGUUGCUAUUCUAGUCAAAACCCUUUUGUAAAUAGUUUCUGCAUUUUUAACCCAUCAGGAUUGAGAUAGAAAGGUUAUGCAAUGCUUGCUUGGAGAUAUACCAACGUUAUUUUUCUAUCUAUAGUCUGUAGGGAUAUACUGCUGCAAAAUGAGAGAUGAAAUGUAUGCUGCCUAUAUCAAUGUUUUCUGCACUGCCUAAUUUGUGCCUUGGGAGUUUAAACCAGUUACCAUCCUGCUUUGUAGUGGAACGUUUAUUCUUCCUGUUGUCAUCAUGUACAAAAUGUAAUCAGGCUAUAUCUAUGAAAUGGAAACACUGAUGCUAGCUAACUGUUGCAAUCUUUCCCCACCCCACCGCCUUAUUUGCAAUAAAAGGCUAUUUUUAAA